AUUAAACAAAAAACAAUAACAAUAACGGAGGAGGUGGAGCGAUGAGUCACAUGGCUGCAUUCAGACGUCCGUAAACUUCACUCCUCAAGUCGACGCCGUCAACUAGAUCUCUCUCUCUCUCUCUCUCUCUCUCUCUCUCUAACCUUCUCUCUCUACACCUGCUUUCCAGAGUAUAUCACAUGAACUCCUACCUUCCAUUGCUGUCAAUUCAUCUAUGAUCAUGAACCGGAGCUCCUCCAGAGACUCACUCAUCGCCGCCGGAGCUCGAAAUCACUACAACAACAAUUACACCAACAAUCACAAUGCUAUGGCCAACGGAGUCUUGCCGCACCGACGAGGCAUGCCGUUGAUCAAAAACAACAAUUCCGUUGAGAAUUCUAACGCCAACACUAAUACGGAUCUCUUCUCUCGUAAUCGCACUAGUCUUCCGGCUGCAUCAUCCGACGAAUCUGACCUUCAAGCAAGAUUAGCGAGGCUUUCAGUUGGAUCAGCAAAACCUUCUAAAAGCAUAUUGGAUGACUUGCUCUCGUCUAACGAAGGGGGAAAGAAUGAUUACGAUUGGCUUCUCACGCCUCCAGGAACCCCUCUUGUUCCUUUGGAUGCAAAAGAAUCUCAACCGAAACCUGUAACUGCACGAAGCAAGUCUUCAGUUAGAUCAAGUUCUAUAAACAAGACAUCAAGGCUUUCUGUAUCUCAAUCUGAAAGCAAUUAUCCUUCAACAAGACCAACAAGAAGUAGUUCGGUUACACGUUCUUCAAUCUCAACCACCCAAUAUACAUCCUACUCCAACAGAAACACAAACAUCCUAAACACGAGCUCUGCUUCUGUUUCAUCUUACAUAAGACCAUCCACCCCAACUAACCGCUCGUCCACAUCAGCAAGAGCUUCCACCCCGUCCACGACCCGUACAACCCCGUCACGUGGGUCCACUCCUUCUAGAACACGUCCAUCUCCCGCUAGUUCUACCACCACUGACCGAACAACAAGACCUUCACAAACCACAAGACCUUCAACGCCUAGUUCUAGUUCCCGACCACAAACACCUGGAAGCUUGAAUUCACCCAUGGUUCGACCAUCUUCCCGACCGUCUACCCCGACGCGUAGAACGUUAACACCUUCUCUCUCCCAAUCCGCCACGUCAUCGGUUUCCGGUGGACGUGGGUUGUCUUCAAAUGCCCGGACCGUGGGGUCCGGUUCCGGUUCCAGACCUAGCUCGCCUAGUCCACGCGUGCGCGCGCCACCUCAGCCUAUCAAUCUACCUGAUUUCUCGCAUGAAACGCCACCUAAUCUUCGAACGACUUUGCCCGACCGACCUUUGUCGGCUGGUAGGUCACGCCCGAGUGGGUCCACUGCUGUGAAGGGGAGUGUAGAAGGUUCUAAUACAGGUGGUAGUAUUACAAGAAGACAUUCUUCACCUGUUGUUACUAGGGGUCGGAUUGUGGACCCCACUGGACGGGGACGGGCCCACGGUAACGGGCAUGUGGCGGAGAAUGUAGAGCCUAGAAGAACUUCACAUGUGCCUGAAUCACUGACUAGAAAACCUGUGAAGUCGCUAACUUCCGAGAAUGGUACGGGAUUCGGAAGGAAUAUCUCGAAGAAAUCACUAGAUAUGGCGAUCAAACAUAUGGAUAUAAGAAAUGGAGGUGCGCGCCCACUUUCAGGGUCAACACUCUUUCCUCAAAGCAUUAGGUCCAGCAGCACCAGGACCCAACCAGGACGCACCUCAAGUGCACCAGGGUCCAUAGACGGUUCGGCCAAUAACGGUCUUGGGUCUGAAAACGGAAACAACAGUAACGGGUAUCUAUGGAACAGAGGUCAACCCAUAGAAGAUCAAAGUCCACAUUCUUCUAAACUAUCAUCAGAAGUCGACAUUUAUGAAAGUUCAAGGUAUGACGCGAUUUUACUAAAAGAAGAUUUGAAGAACACGAGCUGGUUGCACAGUGCAGAUGACAAGACUGAUGAAGGUCUAUUGUUUGAUAACGGGUUCGAGUCACUCCCUGAACCGUUUAGUCCGCUGUGACCUUUGAACAAGGGUUUGUUUCGUAUCUCGUUUUACUAAAUUUGUGCUUAAUAUUCAUUUAAUUACUAGUUAAAAAGGCCAUUUAGUAUAAGAAAAGAAAAACAAAGAGAAUGUGUUAACAAAAACAUUAAAAAGAGAGUGGUGUUUGUUGUGUAUUUUUCUACUUUUAAGUAUUUAUGUCAAGUUUUAUAGUUUGUUAGUGA